CGCUAUAGUCACGUGACGGCGCCAUCCGGGUCCUUUGCCUUCUCUCCCUCUGCCCAACAUGGCGGCUUCAGUCUGAAGAGUGACUUUUAUAUGCCUUUGAAAUGCACCAGACUGCUCCAUUAUCUGCAGGUAUUAUCCAAAAUAAGCUGGAAGCUAAGAAGAAGAACAAGAAGGGGAAAACCCUUACUCUGACGGACUUUCUGGCAGAGGAUGGUGGCAGCGGUGGUGGCGGUGGACCCACCUUUAUUCCAAAGCCAGUCAGCUGGGCCGAUGAGACAGACGACUUGGAAGGAGAUGUUUCCACCACUUGGCAUAGUAAUGAUGAUGAUAUGUACCGAGCCGCACCAAUUGACCGGUCCAUCCUGCCCACCGCACCUCGGGCUGCUCGGGAACCCAAUAUAGACAGAAGCCGUCUCCCAAAGUCGCCCCCUUACACUGCCUUUCUGGGAAAUUUGCCUUAUGAUGUGUCAGAAGAGUCCAUCAAGGACUUCUUCAGAGGACUCAACAUAAGUGCUGUGCGUUUGCCCCGGGAACCUACUAACCCAGAGAGGUUGAAAGGUUUUGGUUAUGCCGAGUUUGAAGACCUUGACUCCUUGCUCCGGGCUCUGAGCCUCAAUGAAGAGUCUCUAGGGAACAGAAGGAUACGAGUGGAUGUUGCUGAUCAAGCUCAGGAUAAAGACAGGGACGAUCGCUCCUUCGGCAGAGAUCGUGAUCGCAACCGGGACUCAGAGAGAUUUGAGACUGACUGGAGGGCUCGUCCUGCUACUGAUAGCUUCGAUGAUUACCCUCCACGCAGGAGCGAGGAUAGCUUUGGAGACCGGUAUCGGGACCGCGAUCGUUACAACGAUUCGGACCGGUAUCGCGAUGGCCCUCGCAGGGAUAUGGAUCGCUUUGGGGGCCGAGAUCGUUACGAUGACCGUAGUAGAGACUACGAUAGAGGAGGCUACGAUUCCAGGGUGGGCAGCGGCCGGAGAGCCUUUGGCACUGGUUACCGUCGGGACGAUGACUUCAGAGGGGGCGGUGACCGUUAUGAAGAUCGCUAUGAAAGGAGGGACGACAGGGUGGACAGGUGGAGCUCCCGGGAUGACUACGCCCGGGAUGACAUUCGUCGUGAUGAUAGGGGUCCUACUCAGAGGCCAAAACUGAACCUGAAACCACGCAGCGCCCCCAAGGAGGAAGACUCUUCAGUGGCCCCUGCCACUCAGUCCAGCCGCGCAGCCUCUAUCUUUGGGGGUGCCAAGCCUGUGGACACGGCCGCAAGGGAGCGGGAAGUGGAAGAACGGCUACAGAAGGAGCAGGAGAAGCUGCAGCGUCAACUGGAGGAUGAUAAACCAAGGCUAGAAAGGCGGCCCCGAGAGAGGCACCCCAGCUGGCGUAGUGAAGAGAACCAGGAGCGCUCACGGACAGGGAGUGAGUCCUCACAGACAGGGAGCACAGGCCCAUCCGUGGGAACUGGCCCAACAGGAAGAACCACCCGAAGGAGAGAGAGUGAGAAGUCCUUGGAAAAUGAAACCUUCAGCAAAGAGGACGAUGCCCCGUCUCCCACCUCCAAGAUCCCCAAGGAAGAGAAGCUCCCUUUGAAAGUGAUGCCAGCACCACCGCCGAAGGAGAACGCCUGGGUUAAACGCAGCAGCAAUCCCCCUGCCCGCUCCCUGAGCUCUGACGCGGAGCAGCACUCUCCUACAAGCGGCAGCCAGGCAGCACCAGCCCAGCUGUCAGAGGACAGAGCACCACCUAAGAGUGCUCCCAGGAAAGGAGAUGAGAACAAACUAGAUGAGGGGAAGGAGAGCGUUCCAAAAGGUCGAAGUGGCCCAGGAGACGGAGGCAGCAGAGAUCAUUGGCAAGAUUCAGAUAGGAAAGAGAGCAAGAAGGAUCAUGACUCGCAAUCUGCAUCUGAGCCAAAGAAACCUGACGAGAAUACAGCCUCUAAGUUCAGCUACGUUAGCAAGUACGCUGCUCUGUCAGUGGAUGGUGAAGAUGAAGUGGAGGAAGACAAUUACACUGAUUAAAAUCUCCAGACCCUGCGCUGUCUCCUAGCCGAUCGCCACCCAGGAACAUAGGAAAAGCAAACCAAACCAGACGAGACAGAAAUAAAAUGUAAAACUCAA